GCGAAAUAGAGCAAUAAGAAUAUUUUUUACUAUGUUGACAUAAGUGCCCGAAAAUAAAUUCCUGUAAACAUACGAAGCCUUAAAUGGGCGGAAUUACAAGUAAGGCGUACAUUCGUAAAAAUUCGAUUGAAAAGCGUGAUAAAAGCGGUUAAGUGUAUUCUUUAUUCGAGCUUAUAUAAAGCUAAGAUGAACCUUCUCAAGCUCCUGCAGAUAUCCAAAUACAAUAUUGUAUUGAACAACCGAGUCUCGUCGAGUUCCUUUCAGGAAGCGAUGAAAUAUCCGAUGAAGUUAGGGCAAGUUUUAAGUUAUUUUCCUAUUAAUUUGCGCCAUGCAAAUGAAUCGCUGGAGUUCAGGUGGCUGUACUGGAGAAUGGCUUACUCAUUAAUUACCUUCGUUUUGUUCUGUAUAGAAUUUGUUUUCGUAGUUAUAGACGCUUUCAGGACCACCAUAGAUCUAUUGAAUAUAAAGGUGAUUGUUUUUCAUUUGGGGGCGCUCGUACAAUUCGUCAUUUUCUUCAGGCUGACCUAUAACUGGCCGAGUUUCGUAAAAGAAUGGGCCAAAGUCGAAUUCCACAUGAAAUGCUACGAAAUAACGGGAAAUUUACGAUUUAAGUUAGCGUGUUUGGUUACUGGCUUAAUGUUUAUAGCCGGAGUUGAACACGGAUUGGUAAAUGCUUACAAAUUAAAACGUCGCUUCGACGAGGAACCUUCAUAUUCUAAAGCAUUCGAAACGUUUUUUACUUACACUUACACGCACAUAUUUAGAGUCAUGGAAUAUUCCUUCUGGUUGGGAUUAUUAAUUCAGUUUAUGAAUCUGCAAAGGACAUUUUACUGGAAUUACAACGACGUAUUCAUAAUGCUGAUUGGUUCAGCGUUGACAUUUAAAAUGAAACAAAUGUCUAAGAAAAUCAAAGAUUCGUCUAAAAUUAAGGUAAGGAACCUGCAAGUUUGGAAAACUAUCCGACAAGAUUAUGCAAGAUUAUCUGAACUAUGCCACCUGGUUAACGAAAGGAUAUCAGGAGCGAUCAUUGCCAGUUUCCUGCUCAACUUAUACUUCGUGAUCCUACAACUACACAGUAGUUUGAGACCUAUUGAAAGCGUCGUGGAAAAAAUUUAUUUUUACCUGUCUUUCGGACUACUGCUCCUGCGAAUAUUCUGCAUGUGCACAUUCGGAGGUGCGGUAUACGAAGAAUGGAUCAAUAUCAGAUAUUAUUUGAAUAGAAUUGGUACUGCGGCCUACAAUUAUGAGAUAGAUAGAUUGAUCAAUCAUGUAGUAUCUUGGGAAUUAUCCCUGACGGGAAAGAAAUUCUUCAGCAUUACGAGAGGAUUAAUACUUCAGAUGGCCGGUGCGAUAGUAACCUACGAACUGUUUUUGAUACAAUUUUAUAAGAACCCUAACGUUUGAAAUUGUAACAGAUUUUUAAAGAAUUUUUAGUAAACGUUGUAACAUAAAUAAAAGAACUGUAAAAUAUAGUUGGUAACUAACACAGACUAAUGGUAGGGGCUUCAUUCGCACCGUUCGCGAAAGGACCAGAAAGAGAAAAUAGAAAACAAUUACGGUGGCACACUCCCGUGCUCUCCUAUAGAUCGC